AUGGCUGAGAAAUAUGUUCACGAUGUUGAGCACAAUGCAGCGCCUUCUGAGCUCUAUUCCGUCGACCCCCUUCUUGACGCACGCGAGAAGGCUUUAAUAUGGAAACAAGAUUUAAGGAUUGUCCCAUUAUGUGCAGCAAUCUAUUUGCUAUGCUAUUUAGAUCGAUCUAAUAUUGGGAAUGCAAAGAUUCUGAACGCGGAUACUGGUAAUGAUCUCCUCUCAGAAACAGGAAUGACUUCCUACCAGUUUACAAUUGCACUGAUGGUUUUCCUCAUUGCCUAUGCAUUGUUCGAGGUUCCAUCAAAUUAUUUCUUGAAGAAGCUUAGACCCAGUCGAUGGAUAGCUUUCCUAAUGUUAUCAUGGGGCGCAAUCACAAUGGGCAUCGGCGGAACCCAUACAUACGCACAAGUAACCGGGGUCCGUUUCCUACUCGGUGUCGUGGAAGCUGGACUUUUCCCGGGAUUCGUCUACUAUCUGACCUUUUGGUACCGGAACUCCGAGCGCUCCAUUAGGGUGGCCUUGAUUCUAGCCUCUGCAACACUAGCAGGCGCAUUUGGAGGCGCGAUCGCGUAUGGUGUUGGCCACAUGAAUGGUGCACAGGGACUUUCUGCUUGGCGAUGGCUAUUUAUAAUUGAAGGCGCGCCCUCUUGCGCGUCAUCUGUUCUGGUCUGGUUUCUUUUGCCUGAUUAUCCCGAGACUGCACAUUGGCUUUCCACGGAGGAGAAGGAGCUUGCGGCUUAUAGAUUGCAAGCUGAGGGAUCACACGGUUCUGCAAGUGCCAUGUCUUGGGAGGAUGCGAAAGCUGUGCUUGUGGAUUGGCGGUUAUAUGCUCAUUAUGCGGUUUAUUUUGGGAUUUCUACACCUUUCUCGAGUCUCUCCCUUUUUACUCCCGCCAUCACUGCUGGUUUGGGAUAUUCUGAUCUACGAGCACAGCUCAUGACUGUCCCGCCGUAUGCAGUCGCAUACGUCGUGACCAUAGUGGUUGCAUGGUCAGCAGACCACUUCAAUAGUCGCGGUCUACACUCCGCCAUUUUUGCCUUUAUUGGCGCAAUGGGCUUCCUAGCCUCAGCUGUUCUUUCCGCGGAAGCAUACCUUCACCGCUACGGUUGUCUUAUAGUUGCCGCUGCGGGAUCAUUCGCCUGUAUUCCUCCUCUCCUCGGCUGGCUAUCGUCGAAUCUUCGAUCCACAGCCGGAGCAGGCCUAGCCAUUGCGCUUAACGUCUCAUUCGGAGCACCGGGCCAAAUAGUCGGGGUAUGGAUCUAUAAAUCCGACGAGGAAAAGAAGGGAUAUCCGACAGGACAUUGGACCAAUGCCGCAUUACUUCUUUUCGUAGCGGUUGGAUGUAUCCUUUUGAGGAUGUAUUACGGGUGGAGAAAUAAACGAGGCAAUGGCGAUGGAAGCGGGAAGAAAUUUGCGUAUUAA